UUUCUUCUUCCCCGAAGAGAGCUACGCUUUGUAAUACAAAACCCUAGCCAUGGCUUCCAGUACGUUGCCGCUAGUUACCGCACAGCAAGCCAUUAAGGGUGAGCUGAGCUUGUUUACCAUGUGCGACAGCGAGAUCAUGAAUGAAAUUUAUGCAACUCAUGUCCAUGAUGACGACACCUUUGAUGCCGACUCUCUUUUCAUCGUAGCGGAAAACAUUCUUAGGCGAGCCACCCAUAUUGCUGACAAUUUCAUGCUGGGUGCUCAGUCACACCAAGAGAGCUUGGAAGAAAAGGUGCCCAAAGCCAGCUUCAGCCCUCCACUAUGCAUACUCAAGCAACUUUUCGCCGAGAUGGCAUGCCAAACACCGGGUGAGGGAAUUGCACAUAAAACAACGAUGUCAGUACUUCAAAAACUCUCAAGCUAUUCAUGGGAUGCCAAGGUUGUGCUGACACUUGCUGCGUUUUCUUUUGAAUAUGGGGAUUUCUGGCUUCUUGCCCAACUUCCCUCAUCGGACCAACUCGCCAAAUCAGUGGGAAUCCUGAAACGAGUACCAGACAUCUCAAAGCUUCUAGUGUUUCAGAAAUACGGGAAAGCAAUUAUUGAACUUAACAACCUCAUCAAGGCAACAUUGGAAGUCAUCAAGUCCAUCUUCGAGUUGAAGAAACUAUAUAUCUAUGAUACAAAGGAUGUACCAGCAUUAGCAUCUGCCAUGAACCGUAUCCCAGUGGAUGUCUAUUGGGCUAUCAUAACUAUUGUAGCUUGCACGACUCAAAUGUGCUAUCUGACUAGCGAUGAGAACAAGACACAGGAAUUGUCACCCUUUGCUCAGAAAAUCAAAAUCACCCUACACUUUUUGAAGAGGCAGAUAAAAAUUUGCUAUCAACAAAUAGAGGAAACGAAAGCUUAUAGGAAACUCAAGAAAAUCAUCCGAACACAUACUGAAAACAUCGAGGUUUUCAGGGUGUUGAUUUUCGCCGAUGAUAAUGUGCAGCAGCUAAUUGAUGGUUCUACUAACGAAUUGGUUACUAUCAACGUGUUGAGAAAGAAAAAUGUUUUACUGUUCUUUUCGGGCCUGGACAUCUCAUUUGAUGAGAUCUCGACUUUGAAGCUAAUCGAUGAUGGAAUAAGGAAGGAGGAUCAGUAUAAAAUUGUAUGGAUCCCAAUUGUAGAGGAGUGGACCAAUGACCUGCAAAGGAAGUUUCAGAUGCUGCAAUCGAAGAUGUCGUGGUACAUAGUGCAGUACUUUAAACCAAUAGUAGGCAUAAGAUUUAUUAAGGAGGAGUGGAAAUUCGAGAGUAAGUCUAUGAUCGUGGUAAUGAACCCACAAGGGAAGGUGGAGCACCUAAAUGCACUCCACAUGAUUCGAGUGUGGGGAAUGAAGGCCUUCCCUUUCACUAAAAAGGUUGAAGUACAUUUGGUGAAGGAAACGAAUUGGAUAGGAGAUAUAAUGGUUGGAAUUCAUCCAAAUUUGCAGCAAUGGAUCAAAGAGGAGAAGUACAUUUUCUUUUAUGGAGGCAAGGACGAAGAAUGGAUCCAACAAUUUGGCAAGAAAGCAAUUGCCCUGGCGAAUCACCCAAUUAUAAAGGAGACAAGAAUUUCCAUAGAGUUGUUUUGCUUAGGAAAAGGCAGCAAAGGGGGCGAUGACCUCCAGAUCCAAGGGCGUUUCUGGAACAAAGUAGAAAGCCUCUUCUUGUCCGCUAAGACAGACAAAGAGAUCGAAGAGCACACUGUGAUGCAACAAAUUCAAAAGUUGCUUUCGUUCAAGAAUGAGAGCGGAUGGGCUAUACUGAGCAAAGGGUCUAGAGUGGUGGUCAGUGAUGGAACGAUAAUUCUUAAGGUCUUGGAUGAGUUUGAAAAAUGGAAGUGCUAUGUGCAUGCAAAUCGCUUUGAAACUUGUUUCAACGAGUACCAUAAGCUUAUUGAAGGGGAUCGCCCCUGUUGCAGUGUUGAUAUCCCAUUUGCUGCUGAAAAGGUCCCAAAGCAUAUGAAGUGCCCUUAUUGUACCCGUCUCAUGGAGACCUAUGUCAGCUUCAAGUGUUGCCACAAUGACGGUCAAUUUUCAGCUCUCUAGAUCUCUACCAAUACCUCUACCAAAUAAUGAAGUUCAUAUAUACUAAGUUUGUGAUCAAUAUAUAUCACUAGCAGUAUCACUAGGGUAAAAACUGCUUCACACUUUGCUAGCAGUUUUUACCAUUUUCAUUUCAAUUGUUUA